AUGCAGGACAACGCUUCAGCUCAUACAGCACACAUUGUGAAGGAUGCCUUCGAGGAUUUGGGUAUUAAGAGGGUAAAAUGGCCUUCUCGAAGUCCUGAUCUGAAUCCUAUUGAAAAUGUAUGGAAAUGGAUGAAAGACUGGCUCGACUUACAUUACGAUAUCACAGAAAUGACUUACGAACAGCUGAAAAGGGUAGUUGAGGAGGCUUGGUAUGCUGUGCCUGAGGAUAUCCUGGCUUAA